AUUGGUACUCCUAGAUUAAAGGACAGCGAGGGAGGAGCGCUGUUUGAAGAGAUCCCCUGUAGCCACACGACUUUCUUGCGGCUCCGUGAGUUCCGGCUCUCGUAUUGGAGUGCUUAAUGGCUUGUCAAGGAGGGAGGUACCGGCGCGAGGCAGUCUAUAAGGAUUCCAGCUCUGGCCGCUCGGCUUUCACGAGACUUCUUCUACCAACCCUUCGGCUCUUCCUCAGGUCAUCGCUCUGUCACCAUGGUCAAGAUAUCGUCCCUCCUCUCCGGCCUGGCUCUGUCCAGUGGCGUUUUCGGCUACGCCAACCCCAAGGCUUGCUCAGGGGUUUGCAACAACGCGCACGACCCGUCCAUCAUCCGACGUUCGGAUGGCACAUAUUUCCGCUUCUCUACCGGCGGACGUAUCGCCAUUCACACAGCGCCGGCGAUAGAAGGUCCCUGGACCUAUAAGGGCGCCAUGCUUCCGAAGGGCUCGGCCAUUAAUCUUCCUGGAAACCAGGAUCUCUGGGCCCCGGACGUCAUCCAGAUCGGCGACCUGUACUACGUCUACUACACUGUCAGCGCAUUUGGCUCGCAGAACUCGGCCAUCGGUCUAGCUCGCUCCUCCUCCAUGGACGUGGGCAGUUGGACCGACGUCGGCGCCACCGGCGUGCGCUCCGAUAGCUCCAAGCCAUACAAUGCCAUUGACUCCAACGUCUUCAAGGAUGGCAGCACGUGGCGCAUGUAUUUUGGAAGCUGGUGGAAGGGCCUUUAUACCGUGCCCAUGAAGAACACCCCAACCGCCGCCGCCAGCGGUGGUGGUUCAACCCAGUUGGUCUAUGAGCCUGUGACGACGGCUAUUGAAGCUCCGUACCUGUACAAGAACGGCAACUACUACUACUUAUUCUACUCCCAGGGCAAGUGCUGCGGCUUCGACGCGGACAGACCUGCUGCUGGCAAGGAGUAUAAGAUCAUGGUUUGCCGAUCGACCUCGGCCACAGGCGGAUUCGUCGACAAGAAAGGAAAGUCCUGCGCCAGCGGUGGCGGCUCAGUUGUGCUCGAAUCCCAUGGAUGGGUCUAUGGACCUGGUGGCCAGGGCGUGUACAAAGACCCUAAAUAUGGAGCGGUCCUGUACUACCACUAUGUGGACACCAGAAUCGGAUAUGGUGAUGGCCAGAAGAAAUUUGGCUGGAACACCAUCGAUUUCUCCAGCGGUUGGCCCACCGUCUAAUUGUCUCCCCCUUUAUGUAUAUAUACACACGUAGACCGUGUUUACCUUCG